GUUUGUUGUUCUUCCUUCAGAUCCGCAGGUCCUUUUGGAGGUCUAGUCGGGACCAGGUCAGGAGGUCUAGUCGGGACCAGGUCUAGUCGGGACCAGGUCAGGACGGUCCACCUCGCCGUCUGGAGGUCUAGUCGGGACCAGGUCUAGUCGAGACCAGGUCAGGACGGGUCCACCUCCUUACCGACCAUAUCUCUUAACUGUCUUCUCUGACCCGAAUGCAGACCUCCAGGGAUGCCCAAGGACAAGUAUGAACCCCCCGACCCUCGCCGCUGUUACUCCAUCAUGUCUGCUGAGGACGCCUCCAGCGGGAAGAGGAGCUACUGGGCCGAGCUCGAGAUAUCGGGUCGUGUGCGGAGUCUGAGCAGUUCUCUGUGGUCGCUGACCCACCUGACGGCGCUGCACAUCAACGACAACAACCUGAGCCGCCUCCCGCCGGAGAUCUCCAAUCUUCCUCACCUCGCCUACCUCAACCUCUCCUCCAACAAGCUGCGCAGCCUCCCGGCGGAGCUCGGAAACAUGGUCUCUCUCAGGGAGUUGUUGCUCAACAACAACCUGUUACGGGUUCUGCCUUAUGAACUGGGACGACUCUUCCAGCUCCAGACUCUGGGACUAAAGGGUAAUCCGUUGUCCCAGGAUAUCCUCAACUUGUACCAGGAACCCGACGGCACCAGGAAGCUCCUCAACUACAUGCUGGAUAAUCUAGCUGUGCAUCCUGAACAGCUUCCCCAGAGGCCUUGGAUCACUCUGAAGGAGAGGGACCAGAGCGUCCCUACAGCGGUGUUCACGGUCAUGUGCUACAACGUGCUGUGUGAGAAGUAUGCCACGCGGCAGCUGUACGGCUACUGUCCCUCCUGGGCUCUGAGCUGGAGCUACCGCAGGAAGGGCAUCAUGGAGGAGAUCACCAGCUGCCACGCAGACAUCAUCAGCCUGCAGGAGGUGGAGACGGAGCAGUACUACACCCUGUUCCUGGACACGCUGAAGGAGCAGGGAUAUGACGGAUACUUCUGCCCAAAGUCUCGUGCCAAGCUGGUGUCCGAACCCGAGCGCAAGCACGUCGACGGUUGCGCCAUCUUCUUCAAGACACAGAAGUUCACUCUGGUGCAGAAACACACUGUAGAGUUCAACCAGGUAGCCAUGGCUAACUCGGAGGGGUCAGAGAUCAUGCUCAACAGGGUGAUGACCAAGGACAACAUCGGGGUCGCCGUGCUCCUGGAGGUCAACAAGGACAUGUUCUCAGGCGGUAUGAAGGCUCCACCCGAGAGGCAGAUGAUCUUGGUUGCUAACGCCCACAUGCAUUGGGACCCGGAGUUCUCCGACGUCAAGCUCAUCCAGACCAUGAUGUUCCUCUCUGAGCUCAAGAGCAUCGCUGAGAGGGCUGCCACUUCCCUAACCUCUGACCCCGCAACCAUCCCCAUCGUCUUGUGUGCCGACCUCAACUCCCUGCCUGACUCUGGUGUGGUGGAAUACCUGAGUAGUGGGGGCGUGGCCGAGAACCACAAGGACUUCAAGGAGCUCCGCUACACCGACUGUCUCACCAACUUCAGCUGCAACGCCAAGAGCACUCCCAACGGGAAGAGGAGCCCCGCAGACCGGAGCAUCACCCACAGCUUCCAGCUGAAGAGUGCCUACGACUGCAGCGCCAUGCCCUUCACCAACUACACCUACGACUUCAAGGGGGUGAUCGACUACAUCUUCUCGUCCAGGACCCACCUCACCACGCUGGGUGUGCUGGGCCCGCUGGACCCCCAGUGGCUCCAGGAAAACAGCAUUCUGGGCUGCCCCCACCCCCACAUCCCCUCAGACCAUUUCUCCCUGCUGGCCCAGCUGGAGCUGGCCCCGCCCCUCACACACCCCCUCAACGGCCUACACAUGCCUGUACACAGGUAGUGAAUCUAGACCCCACCUCCUUCUCCUGAUGUCACCUUACCACCACCCUGCUGCUACAGGACGCUGUCAGCCAAUCACUACUCUCCCCCCCGGACCCCCCUCUACACACAUAUACACACAAAUACACACACUCUCUCACACACCACAGGAGUUGAGUAUGGGCCUGUUUUGCACAUUGACGGAUUGUUUUUGUAUCUGAUUGGACAAUCAUCAUCCCGUUGUCAUGACACUGGAUGUUCAUGUGGGAUUCUGUUGCCUUGGUAACCAGCAUCAUCUCUCAGUUCAUCCUCCUGCGUCCUAGGAGCCCAAGUUCAUGGGGUCACCACCAGUAGAUGCAGCUGUUCUUGUGCAUCCUGGAGUGUUAGGGCGCGGAUUAGGUUCCUGAUUCCUAGACGUCUCUAAAGUUUUUGACCCUUAUCUUUCAUCUACCAUGGCAAGCGCUUCCUUCGUUUUGCUUAAAUUAAAAAGAGAUGUAAUUUAAGGAUUUGUGUGUAUAGAUGUAUAGAUAUAUCUAUAUAGAUAUACUGAUAUCGAUACAGAUAUAUAUCUAAGAGAGAUAGAUUGAAGGAUAGAAUUUUAUAUAUAUAUAUAUAUAUAUAUAUAUAUAUAUAUGUAUACACAGUGCUGCUAUGGCAAUCACUAUUAGCUUUAAAAUUAGCUUCCUGGCAGCUCAUUGGCCAAAGGGUCUUCGGACCAGGAGGUGAAGAGUUUAAACCAGGAAAUGAGGACUGAGUCUUGUAACAGGAGGUUAAGAUUCUAAACCAGGAGGUUAAGUGACUUCUAGCCAGGAAGUAGAGCGUCUUCUAAAGAUAAUUUAUUGAAUUGAGAAACAAGAGAUGGGAGACUGUUCCCUCCUGAUUUAUGAAUGUAUGCAGGUUGGUGGAGGUUGGCGGUAACCGUAGGUACCGUAAAAUAACCUGAGAAUGGCUGCAUCUGCCCAACCUUGACCUGUUCGCACGGUAACUCAGGGCCUACUCCCAGUGGUGUCUUCAACCAACAGUGACCGUCUAAGGAUCUCUACCAGUACACCAUCGAACCCAGCAUCUGGUUUCAAAACCAGAUAUAGACCAACACCUGGUCUCAUAACCAGAUCUAGACUCACCUCUGGUCUCCAAACCAGAUCUAGGCUCACACCUGGUCUCCUAAACAGAUCAUGACUCACACCUGGUCUCCAAACCAGAUCCAUGCUGACACCUGGUCUCCAUCCAGAUCUAGAAAAACACCUGGUUUCCAAACCAGAUCUAGAAUAACCCCUGGUUUACAAACCACAUUUAUUCAGACUCAAGUUUUCCAAAUGUACACAGAGGUCUCCAUUACAGAUUAUUUCUUACACCAGAUUAUACAAAAGAUGUAAACCGAAAACAGAUCUCCAAACCACAGUUACACUGACUCCAGCUCUCCAACCUAACUUCCCCUAACCAGAGAUUUGAGAUCAGAUCUCAAAACCAGAUUCUCACCAAGACCAAAUCUCCGAACCAGAUUUACAUUGACACCAUAUCCACAAAACAGAUUUACACUGACACCUGAUAUCCAUGAAAACGUGCAAUAUAUCCUGCAUUUGAUCAAAAACUAGCCAUAAUACUUUCUCCCCACCUGACCUUAAAAUGUGAACUUUGUUCAAAACUCUUCAAUCCAGGGGGCCAAAGGAUUCAUGCUCUGCUUUAAAUUGCACACUGAUUGUUUUUGUUAGCAGGUGGUUCAUAACGAUUCAGCAGCAAAAUGUAGCUUGUGUUUUAUGUUAGCAUAGAGCUUGCGUUUCAUGUUAGCAUAGUUAGCUGUGGCUAUGGCUAAUGUUUCAGCUGCUGCCAGGUUAACCCUUGAGGCCAGCCCUCCAGGCCUAUACCCUACUCCCUAAAGCCACUGAGUCGUGUUAAGUGAAGCUUGUUUCAUCUGUACCCUCCACCUGCCAGGGAACCGACUGACAGCCACUGUUUUUUUAUCUUCUUGAUGAUCUCAAUAUCCACCAGAGGCUGAGAGAAAGACAGACCAAAUGGUCAUAAAUCCAAAUUCAGCUGAUACUUUGUACAAUUCAACACCACUUUUGAAAAACAUCAGUACAAAAGAUAAACAGAAUUGUUGUAGAUUGCAAAGUAAACGUUGUCUGGUUUCAUUUCUGAUUUCUGGUCAUCAGAUAGUCUUUGUGUUCUCCCACCAGCCACAUCUAGCGUCACUUCAGGUUUUAGUCCUUUGUAUUUAGCAGGCCUAUAUGAAAUAUAUAUAUAAAAUACUAGAAAAUGUGAAUAAAUUGUAUGCAAUAUGUAAAUAGUAUAAAAUAGGCCUAACCGUAUAUAAUGGUAUCAAAUACUAGUAUAGAUUGUGUGUAUAAUGGUACAUCAUAUGUGUUAAUCUGAAACCAAGAUUGACUAGGAGCAAGUGCUCUUAUUCACAAACAUUAAUAUAAAUAUUUAGCUGAGGAGGUUAAUGAUAAUACAUGGCCUUGCGAGAAGUAUCUAACGGAAUAUGGGGUUUUCAUGAGAUUUAUGUUGUCUUUAGUUGUACUUAAUUAUUCAGGGAAUUAUCCAGGGUCGUUUCUUGAGAUGAGUAGUCCAACUCUUCCAGCUGACGACCAGACAUCACUCACUGGCAGGCUCUAAAGUGUCUGGUUCCUCCUUUAUACAAAUAGAUCACAACGAUCAAUAAUGUUUAGUAUAUGGAAAGAAUAUCCAAUGUAAUGUAACAAACUAUUCUAAACCUAAAGAAAUACAAUUAACUUGGUAUAAGAUCCAUUUAAUUACGUCCUACUGCUUAGGCAGUGGUUCCACACUUCACCACUAGAGGUCACUGAACCCCAGUUGAUAGGGAUCCACAAUAAAAAGACAACACACAUCAACACGAGGCGUGUAAGAUAGGCUCUUUAAUAUAUAGAAUACAUUUGUUGGAACAAAGAAAAACACGUUUGAAGUAGUGGUCUUACACGGUACAAAUCUUUUAGAAAUACCGUUUCUAAAAGUCGUGCAAGCUUACAAGUAAAACAAUUUGUUAGAGCUUUUAGAAACGAGUUGAUAUCUGUGCAAGGUGUGUGCAUUGCUUAGACUUCUUCAGACAAGAGCAUUAAAACCGAAACUUCUUUAAAGGGAUAUUAAGGGCUGAUAUCAAACAAUGUUAUUAGUGGUUUCUCCCAAAUGUGAAUAUAGCAAACCAAUCGACCCUGUGAUAAAAACAAAUGUGAAUAAGGUUGCCAUAAAGUAGUGAAUUGAAGAGAUGUCAGAAGUCAUCAAUAAACAUCCUUAUUCACACUAAACCAACAGAGUUUCAGAUUGCGU